UCGGCAAGCGGUGGCAGUUGCACGAGAUAAACCACAUACAGAGCCCUAUCUGAAAGCGCAGGGGCUCGGACUUAAUCCCGUGUGCCGAUCGAGAAUUCUUGACGGGCGUGCGUGCGAGUGUGUGCUAAGUGUCGGAGUGUGUGGGUGUGUGUGAGUGUGUGUGGAUGAUAUAAGCCACCCAGCAACAACCAGCAUAUAUAAUUAAUCAUUUAAGGAGAGACUUUAAUGCUGCAAUUUGGCCUGAUUGAUGGCUGGACAUGACUCUGGGUCGCGUUUUCCGCGAUGUUUGCAAAAGGCUACACCCAGCCUGAAUCUGGUAUCCUGCCGCAUUUAGAAUCGAAGUGUAUUAGCAGAAUGCUGCAUUGCCGUAGUCGGGCAAUUUAUUGCCAUACCCUCAAUUAAGAGUCAAACGGAGGAAAGAGGAAACAACCAGCAGCAACAGCCACACCCCAGCCAACCAGAUCCUAAUUUCAUCCUUAUUUCAUCCAAUGACAAAUGCAAUGCGGACGAUUGCUGCACUUGCUCUAACGGCCGCCAGUGCAGGAGUGGUUUCAGUGGCCGCCUCGGUGGUCGGCACCACCAGUUCCAGCAGCACCACCACCCCCGCCACCAGCACCACCCUAACGAGCAGUGGCACCACCACCAUCAGCGGCAGCAGUGGCAACAGUAGCAGCGGAUUCGCCUCGAAUUCCACACUGCUGGACGCCGAUCACCUGCCGCUGCAGUUGACGACCGCCAAGGUGGACCUGGACAUUGAAAUCGACAUUCAACUGCUGACAAAUGGCUACGAUGGCACAACGUUGACAUCGUUCUACAAUGAGAGCAGCUGGACAAAUGCCUCUGAAAUGGAUACAAUAGUUGGUGAGGAACCGGAGCCGCUGUCACUUGUGUCAAUUGUAGUUGUUGGCAUCUUCCUAUCGGUGCUGAUAUUCCUCUCGGUGGCCGGAAACAUCCUGGUGUGCCUGGCCAUCUACACGGAGCGCAGUCUGCGCCGCAUCGGCAAUCUGUUCCUGGCCUCAUUGGCGAUUGCGGAUCUGUUCGUCGCCUCCUUGGUGAUGACCUUCGCCGGUGUCAACGAUUUGCUGGGAUAUUGGAUCUUCGGAGCGCAAUUUUGUGAUACUUGGGUGGCCUUUGAUGUCAUGUGCUCGACGGCGUCAAUUCUGAACCUGUGCGCCAUCUCGAUGGACCGCUACAUCCACAUCAAGGAUCCACUGAGAUAUGGCCGCUGGGUGACACGACGCGUGGCUGUCAUCACCAUCGCGGCCAUUUGGCUGCUGGCCGCGUUCGUCUCGUUUGUGCCCAUCUCACUGGGCAUACAUCGCCCCGACCAGCCGCUGAUUUUCGAGGACAAUGGCAAAAAGUACCCAACAUGCGCCCUGGACCUCACGCCCACCUACGCCGUCGUGUCCAGCUGUAUCAGUUUCUACUUCCCCUGUGUGGUCAUGAUUGGCAUCUACUGUCGGUUAUACUGCUACGCCCAGAAGCACGUGAAGUCCAUCAAGGCGGUGACUCGACCCGGCGAGGUGGCCGAGAAGCAGCGCUACAAGAGCAUCCGGCGUCCGAAGAACCAGCCCAAGAAGUUCAAGGUGCGCAACCUGCACACCCACAGCUCGCCGUACCAUGUGUCCGACCACAAGGCGGCCGUCACGGUGGGCGUCAUCAUGGGCGUGUUCCUCAUCUGUUGGGUGCCCUUCUUCUGCGUCAACAUCACGGCCGCCUUCUGCAAGACCUGCAUCGGCGGACAGACCUUCAAGAUCCUCACCUGGCUGGGCUACUCGAACUCGGCGUUCAACCCCAUAAUCUACUCGAUCUUCAACAAGGAGUUCCGCGACGCCUUCAAGCGCAUCCUGACCAUGCGCAAUCCAUGGUGUUGCGCCCAGGAUGUGGGCAACAUUCAUCCGCGGAACAGCGACCGCUUCAUCACGGACUAUGCCGCCAAGAAUGUGGUGGUGAUGAACUCUGGCCGCUCCAGUGCCGAGCUGGAGCAGGUGUCUGCGAUUUGACCAAAAGGCUGUCUGAAUCUCUCCGGCGGUGGAGGAGGCGUCACCACCUGGCUGCCCUGCGGAUGCGGCGGACUCCGCGUGGACGACGAUGACGAUGGGGC